UAUGUCGAUGAGAUACCACCUACGUGCUUGUGUUAUCACAGUGCUCUCCUCCACACCUAUCAGACGGCCACGAGCUUUAUGCGUAGCGAGCUUUCUCAAAGCAUGAACGCUUGAUAUUAACAUUUAUUCGAUGAUUUAUGCGUUAACCUGGGUACCCACAAGCCCAGAUGGUGUAUAAAGAUCGACGAGACGUGGGGAUGUGUCUCCUUGCGGUUGUCGCGGCAUGUUCUAUCGUAGCAGUGCAAGCUAGAUCACUUCCCCACGCGCCAAAGGACUUUGUGGUAGCCGAUUACAAGGGUAUUCGCCAGUAUCUCGACGACUCCGGUCUUUCCAACAUCUUCCUGACAUGGACGACGGGGCCCGAGACGCUGGACGCGCUGGCGGUUGCCUGCAUCACAUCAGUCAUUGAUGUGUACUCGCCUCUGCGCCAGCGCACCAGCGGCGGUGUGUACAUCCUGGCCAACCACCUGGACCAGCGGGUGGCGGAGGCGCACGGCUGGGUGCGGCCGGGCGUGCACCUGGUCCGGUACGAGGUGGGAGACGUGCUGCAGGAGACGCCGGUGGAGUCGUGGUAUCUGGAUCAGCGGUGGCAGCUGGAGGAGGGCAAGUUCUGGUUCAGCCACGUCACAGACCUCAUGCGGUUCGCGCUGGUGUACAAGCACGGCGGCGUCUACAUGGACGCGGACGUGUUGUUGAUGAGGCCCAUCAGUGCCUCCCACGUCAACAAGGUGUACCGCUCCCUCGGCGACUCCAAGCUGUUUGAGUGCGCGGUGGUGUUCUUCGAGGCAGGCAGUCCCUACCUGUUCGAGGUGCUCAAGCACAUCCCGCGCCACUACAAAACCGACGACUGGUGCAGCGCGGGGCCAAGGCCGCUCACGGCCGUGUACGAGCGGCUGACGCGCCCCGGCGGGCUGCACGCGGCCCACGAGGCGCCGCGGCAAGUGCUACCGAGCGUGUACCUGGGAAUAAGGCUCAAGCAGGCUAGGAAGUUCUGGAACGACGGCGUGUUGAAUGUUGAUGACUUCAUCGGAUGCGAGGCAGUGCACCUGUGGGGCAGCGUGGCACGUGGCUAUCUCAGUCAAGCUACCACCUACAUCAAGGGCAAAGACAAAGAGCGGGCGUUCAGGGACCGGGUGCACGCGCUGACGCGGGUGUCGUGGUGCAAGCCCCGCGCCCCGCGACUGGACAAGUGUGCUGACGCAGCCGACUGCGAGGAACAGCUGGUGGCGCUGAGGGAGGAGGCCGCUCUCCAGGAGGAGGCCGCUCUCCAGCAGGAGGAGGAGGAGGCGGAGGAGGAGGCGGAGGAGGAGGAGGAGGAGGAGGAGGAGGAGGAGGAGGAGGAGGAGGAGGAGGAGGAGGAGGAGGAGGAGGAGGAGGAGGAGGGCGGGGAAGGGACGGGUGGCGAGGAUGGCUGGGGGGAAGGUGAUGGUCGUGACAACGAUGGAGCGAAUGCGUAUGAGGCUGGAGGAAACGAGUAGGCCAAGAAGGAGGAGGUAGGAAAGGCAAGACGCAGGGACAUGAUAGAGCAGGCAGAGUAAAAAGAGUAUGAGGG